GCAGGCAUACAUAAAAAAAUCAGAGGUUGAGAGAGAGAGAGUGAGAGCGAGAAGCAAUGGCGGAAUCUGGUUUCUCUCUGGUACCAGAAGACGUUGUCUUCAAAAUCUUCUUCAAGCUCCAAGACGAUCCAAGAAACUGGGCUCGUCUCGCUUGCGUCUGCACCAAAUUCUCAUCGAUCGUACGGAACGUUUGCUGUAAAACGCAGUGCUAUUCCGCAAUCCCAACCGUCAUCUCUGACCUCCUCACUUCUCCCUCCGCCUCUUCCGCUUCUUCCUCAUCUUCAGCCGCCGCGGAUUCGUCUCUUCCUCCUCCCGGCGGCUGGGCUUCUCUCUACAAACUCGCCGUCUGUUGUCCUGGCCUCUUCCACGCCGGAAUUCUCCUCGAAAACUCCGAUUUCGGUCUAGAACGUGAGCUCGGCCCCGAUGAAAGCCUCAAUAGACUCGAUCCGAUACCUACACCGACGGAUCCGGCUCGCAACGACGGCGAAGUUACGAAACCAGUCGGAUCUACUUUAGAAACGACUUCGUUUUGGUCUCUCUAUGACGACCUCUACACCGAUACUCUUUCCGCUCCUCCCGAAGAUUCCGUCGAGAAAGAAGAAGAAAUUGAGACGAGUGAGAUCAGACCUGGACGCGAUCUUCCGGUGAGGAAACGGCGGAAGAUUUUCCGGUCGCUAGGUUCUCAUUUAGCUUCAGGAGGUUGGAAUCUGAGCCGAGAACAAGGCAACAAGCUCCUCGCGAGCAGAUUUCGCGGUGAUUGUCUCUACAUCUGCAAUUGGCCUGGAUGCAUCCACGUGGAAGAGAAGCGAAACUACAUGUUGUUCAGAGGCGUUUUCAAGGAAUUCAAAAGGUCUCGUGUUUGGAGAACGAUAAACGACGGUAAUCGGAGUAAGGUUUCGGGUUUGAAAUGCGCGUUUUGUUCGUGCGACGAGACUUGGGAUCUGCAUUCGUCGUUUUGCUUGAGAAGAGUUUUUGGGUUUCACGACGAUGGUGAGCCAGUUGUGAGAGCUUAUGUCUGUGAGAAUGGACAUGUCUCUGGUGCUUGGACAGCUUUACCUCUCUAUACUUGAGAGAUUGAAAAAAAAAAGGUCUUUGAUUCUUCUUCUUCUCAAAGUCUUUUCUAAAAAUCUGAACCUUUACCUUGCUGCUGAAUUGUUUCAUGUUUGUAGGAAACUCGAUCAUUUGUGUUUUUGUUUCUGGUUAGUGUUUGAGCAUUACGUUGAAGAAAUUACUGUAAUGGGUUUCGUUUCCAUAUGAAACUGAUAUUCACUUUCAUCUUUACCCAUUCUCUUACUUCAUACGAACAUGGAUUUGGUUGAGUUUA